AUGUCAUUAGAAAUCAAAAUCGAAAAGAUGGCUCUAGACAUAUCAACACUACUAAAAUUAAUUCCGUCAUUCGACACCAGAGAAAAUAACCAGCUAUAUAGAUUUGUUCGAUCUUGCAAUUCUGCAUUUAAAUUAGCUACUUCAGAUCAGGAACCGAUACUUCUAGUGUAUACCCUAAAUAACAUCACUGGUCCAGAUGCAUCCGAUGUCCACUGUAAACAAUACAAAACGUGGACUGAACUCAAAUCAUUCCUUGUCGAGAAAUUCUCACAAAUAAAAACUAUUAACCAUCUCAACCUUGAACUACAAUCUAUGUUUCAAAAAUUAAAUGAAACGAUGACUGAAUAUUUUCACCGGGUAGACCUCUGUAGAAGUAAAAUCAUUGAAAAAUUAACAGCAGAAAUAUCGGACAAUACGCUCGCAGGCCGGUUAGCAACGACAGAAGAAACCGCCUUGUCUGUAUUCGUCAAUGGAAUUAGUUCGGACAUAGGAACAAUGUUGAGGACAAAAAAUUUUUGCAACCUCUCAGAAGCGGGUCGUUUCGCGUUACAAGAAGAUAAGAUUCGAGCCAUGAAUAAUGCUAGGCAAGCGCUAUUCAGGGUACCAGCCGUCGGUCAAACUGUCAACGGUCCUAGACCACAAAUUAGAUCUACACUUAAUAACCAAUCUGUAACGCGACGCCUUAAUACAUCCCCACGUUAUGUGUCACAAACAUCAACACAUGAAACCGUCACUUGCAAUUACUGUAAAAAACCAGGUCACCUCAUAGCUGAUUGUAGAAAAAGAGAGUAUAAUAACAGCAUUAGAAACUCAAACAUACCACCCCAAAAUUUCCGUGCAUUACCUCCCACUAAAGUAAAUCAUUUAAACAAUUUAGCGGCCAGCGAAGCGAGCAGUUCGCUGGAAACCGCUUUGAUCCCUUGCUCGCCUCUCCAGACACAAACGUUAAACCAGGAAAUAAACCUGGAGGCCAUACAAAUGAACCCUUAA